AUGGUGAUUGGGGCCAACCAGCUGACUCUGACGGGCCCCGAGGUGCAGGUGCGAUACGCCACACGGGCGCUGCUCCACCAGAGCUCCUUCAACAUCACCGACUACGACACUGCCCUGCUGGAGCUGGACCGCCGCCGGCGGCAGCCGCGGUGCCUGCCGGGAGUCGCAGUCCCAGCGUGCCCCGCGCGGAGCCCGCGCCGCCGCCCCGCUCGCGCCGCCGCUCGCGCUGCCGGGGUCUCUCAGCGCGGGGGCGGCGCCGGCGGCUGCUCCCGGGGGUCCCGGCGGAGGCGGCUCCGACCGUGUCGGGCGAGGAGGAGGCGGCCGAGCUCCCCACGGCUGAGCGCCGGGCGGCGAGCGAGUGCAGGAUGGGGGGCGCGUGGCCGGCGCACACGGGAAGGUGACAAAAGGAGUUGUGUUGGUGAUUUGUUGGGGGCCCUGUGGGCGGUGGUGGAAGCGGCCAGCGCCGGCACCUCGGUUCUCUGCCUGUGUGAGAAGGGAGAUGCCAAGGUCACAGAAGAGACAGGCGAGAUCUCCAAGAAGGAAAAGGAAAUGAAAACAGGAAAGUGCCACGUCCUUGUUGCUGUUCCGAGGGUGGUGUUUCUCACAGAGCCUGCGGCAGCUGAUCUUCAAGAUCCUGCAGGAGAUCUGCAGCCUACUGGCAGUACCUCCUAGGCUACCUGCUGCUCGGGGGCUUCGUGGCCUUGGGUGUGUGCUCCAGGAACGGCCCAGUGGAGAACCAGCGCAGCAUCUGUCGCCUCUGCUGGGGCCUGCAGCUCCUGCUCACGGCUCAGGCAUCCAGCUCCAUUCUGUGUCCUUGCCCAUGCUGCUCACUGUCGCCUGCACCGAGAACAUCGAGCACGUGGCCUCUUGGGCUUCCACUGCCCACAGGGGAGAACUCUCAGCGCCCUGGCUGGCUCCUGGUGCCCCUCUGGCUUUACAGAUGGGGAGAGGGGGGUACAGGAGCUGAGGGGUGUGUGGAAGCCGGGCGUGCUGGGGAGGAAGGGCAGAUACUGCUUGUGGAUUUAAGUCUGUUUCUGGUUUUAAUAAAGAUGUAUUUUGUAGCUAA